AUGUCAUCCCUACUGAAUGAUACGGUUAAGGCUGCUGCAGCCGCAGUGGCUGACAAUCAGUUUACAUUUAAUUCAACGGACUAUACCGUAUUCGCCUUGGUACUUAGCAUAUCGGCUGCCAUUGGUGUAUAUUUUGGAUUUUUCAACCAAGGCGAGGACACUACGGAUGAGUAUCUGAUGGGUGGCAAACGGAUGAAAACCAUACCGAUUGCCAUUUCCUUAGUGGCCAGCCAACUUUCGGCUAUAUCUAUUAUGACCAUACCAGCGGAAAUGUAUGGCUAUGGCAUCAAUUGGAUAUUUAAUGUGAUUUGCAUGAUUGUAGUUGUGCCUAUACUCAAUUAUGUCAUCAUUCCUGUAUUCUACAAUAAUAAUCUGACUAGCUGUUAUGAGUACUUGGAAAUACGUUUCAACAAGCCAAUUCGGGAACUUCAAACCAUUAUGUUCACAGGGACUUUGUUUUUCAUGUUGCCAAUUUUUAUAUUUCUGCCCUCGUUGGCCUUCUCCCAAGUAACUGGCUAUAAUGUGCAUAUUAUUAACACAAUUGUUUGUGGCAUAUGUGUCUUUUAUACCAUGGUCGGCGGCAUCAAAGCAGUCGUAUGGACAGAUGUGGUUCAAGCUGGCAUAAUGGUUACAUCGGUGGUUCUUGUUGGUGUAAUGGGCGCCAAUCGAGUGGGUGGACUUGGAGAAGUGAUUCGCAUUGCUGGCCAAGGCGGACGUCUGGAAGUCAAUUACAAUUUUGAUGCCACAACACGAUCGACUUUCUGGAAUAUAUUCACCUCGGCUACCCUCAUGUGGUCAGGUUAUGUUGGCCUAAAUCAGAGUUGUGUGCAGCGCAUUGUUUCCCUUCCAACUCUGGGACAUGCUCGAAGAGCCUUGGUGAUCUUUGGAUUCGGCUUUAUGCUUAUCAUGUCCUUUAAUUGCUUUACGGGCAUUGUGAUGUUUACUCGCUAUCAUGACUGCGAUCCGUUGAAAUUGGGUGUUGUGUCGAAGGGUGACAAAAUGGUUCCCUAUUUUGUGCAGGAUGUGGUUGGACAUUUACGUGGAAUGCCUGGCGUGUUUAUUUCCUGUGUCUUUAGUGCCGCCUUGAGUACUCUUUCGGCCAGCAUUAACUCUCUUGGCGGUGUCGUUUACUUCGAUUACAUCAAACCCCAUAUUCAUCAUACGGAGCACAAGGCAAAUGUGAUAAUGAAAAUUUUCGUAUUCUGUUGUGGCGUCUAUUGCAUCUUUGGUGGCAUGGUUGUGGAAAAGUUUGGCUCCAUACUUCAAGUGAUCUAUUCGAUUGGCGGAUGUAGUUUUGGUUCCACAUGUGCAACUUUCCUUCUGGGUAUGCUGGUGCCUCGUGCUCAUGGACGGGCUGUCUUCAUUGCGGCCGUUUCCAGCAUUAUUUGUAUGACUGUCAUUGUUGUUGCCGCCUGGGGACGCAAUCAUUAUGCUUUAUUGCCAACAUCCACUGAUAAUUGUCCUGCCUUCAAUACUACUACAACGACCACAACCACAACAACAACGACUCAAUUACCAUUUAGUUUUACCACAAUUAAUGAUCAUGUGCCUGAAGAAACGAAAGAAUUUAGUAUUUUCGAUCUAUCCUUCAAUUGGUAUACAUCGAUUGGUUUUCUACUAACUUGGCUGAUCGCCUUACCACUGAGUUAUACGAUGAAACCAGCUCCGGAUGCCAACUUUGAUCCCAAGUUACUAUCACCAAUAGUUCAACCCUUCAUCAACUAUGAACUAACACCCAGUGAAGAACUUAACGAACUGAAGAGCCCAAAAGAGAUAGACAAGCAAAAAGUGAAUGUCUGAGGAUCCACUGGGCAGUCUAGCAACCAAUAAAAUGAGAUAUACUCUUAGCUAAUUAAAGUAUUAUACGUGAUGAUAAUUUUUGAUGACCACAAUUUACGCAUCGUUCUUUGCAUUGUCGAUGUCAAAAUAGAUUACUUAGUGUCAUUUAACGUGCACGUUAUUACAAUAGGCUUAUCGAAAUAAACUAUAUUCCAAACACAGGGUAAAA